GCCGCAGCGAAGGUGGAACUUCGGAGCACUGUGCUCGGCCCUGCUCCGCAGCGAGGCCCCAGGUGUGCUCGUUCGUCUUGCUCCCAGUAGCACCGCUCCCACUGUUCCCGCGGUCAGCCACCGGUUCCUUGUCUUCCUCACUCCCCAUUGCGGAUUGGCUGAGCCAGUCUCCAGGCUUCUCCUUCUUCCUUCUUUUUCUUCCUCUUUCCUCGGCAGCCGCAGUACCUCGCGCUGUAUCUCACCUGGCCUGCAGGAUGAAGAACCCGAUGCUGGAGGUGGUGUCCCUGCUACUGGAGAAGCUGCUCCUCAUCGCCAACUUCAAGCUCUUCAGUUCGGGCUCCCCGGGCGAAGACAAAGGGAGGAACGGUUUCUAUGAGAUCAGCUCUUUCCUCCGGGGCGACGUGCUGGAGGUGCCCCGGACCCACCUGACCCACUAUGGCAUCUACCUGGGCGAUAAUCGUGUCGCCCACCUGAUGCCCGACAUUCUGUUGGCCCUGACCGACGACAAGGGGCGCACGCAGAAGGUGGUUUCCAACAAGCGUCUUAUCCUGGGCGUCAUUGUCAAAGUGGCCAGCAUCCGCGUGGACACAGUGGAGGACUUCGCCUACGGAGCCAACAUCCUGGUCAAUCACCUGGACGAGUCCCUCAAGAAGAAGGCGCUGCUCAACGAGGAAGUGGCGCGUAGGGCUGAGAAGCGGAUAGGCUUAACUUCCUACAGCCUGCUGUGGGACAACUGCGAGCACUUCGUGACCUACUGCAGAUACGGCACUCCGGUCAGCCCCCAGGCCGACAAGUUUUGUGAGAAUGUGAAGAUAAUCAUUCGUGAUCAGAGAAGUGUUCUUGCUUCAGCAGUCUUGGGACUGGCAUCUAUAGUCUGUAUGGGCUUGGCAUCAUAUACUACUCUUCCUGCAAUUUUUAUUCCAUUCUGCCUAUGGAUGGCUGGCUGACUUCAUAUCCCCACGUCAGUGUGUAUCCUGUUUAUAAAUAUGUUUAUAUUUAUAGAGCACCAAUCAGUAUAAAGCAUUGUUGAGAAAAAUGUGACCUACAACACUGUGGUCUGGAUAAAAAUGUGAUUAAGAAUCACGCAAAGUGCUUACUGUGUAAGCCCAAGAACAAAGGCUUUCUGAAUCUUCUCAGGCAGUUCUGUUUUAAAGUACCGUCCAAACCUUGGAAACAGGCCAGCUUGUGAUAGAAUUCAGC